AUGGGAAUUAUAGUCCUACACAAUUAUCAAGUUGUGAGCUUGGGAAAGCUAUUGAAGAUAACACAGUCUGAAUAUCUCAAUUUCAACUUCAUUGCAGUGCUGGUGGGGCAGCCCGUGAAUGCGGCUGGCUGGAAGUGCAACACCAUCUAUAAGGGGUUUGCAGAGUGCCUGGUUAGCCUUGGAGACAGCAUGGCUCAAAAUGUUCAGAAGGAUAUGGAGGAUGACACCAUCCAGGAUCAAGAGGAGUUGAACACCAUCUGUAGGUCCUGGGAUGACUUCCACAUCUGUGCCACCAAGGUUUUGUCCAAUUGCCCUGAAGAGGCAGCCAACAUUUGGGAGUCCCUUCGGCAAGAGUCCCGAAAGAUCCAGUUCCAAGGCAACCUACAUAACCUCUGCAGCUCACGAGCCCAGCUGGCUGGUGAUGGGAAGGCUUUACGUGUAGAUGAGACCAACCAAGAGACCUUGCGGGGGGCAGCUUCCCUUCUCUGGCCCAGCCUCAUGGGUAGAUUGACUCUUGUAGCUCUCGUGGCUCUGGUACCCUUUGCUUAG